CCGGGGCGGCGCGCCGGCGCGGCCCCAUCGACCCGGGAGAGUAAAUACGCUACAUUUUACGUUACGGGAUCGGGACGGUCUGCACCCUUGGACGAGCGGCUGACGGAGCCUGUUGCGGCCACGGCGCCUCCCAGACGGAUGUCCGAAGGUCACGGACCCGCUCGCCGCCACAGUGCCGCCCCCAGUACCGCCCCCGGCCACAGCUAUCUCCGCCCCCACUAUGCUGCGGACUGGAUUAGGGCCACCAACAAUAGUGCUAGAGCGUAUCGUGCCGCAAGUCUGGCCCUGGGUUCUUCCUGCUAUCAGGAGGAGUACCCUAGCUCCCUCUUGGACAUUCUGAUGGCAAACGAGAACGACAAGGGGCUACUAUCUCCUACGGCCGCUCAUGUCAAUCCCAAGAGUUUCCAAAGCGCCUUUUGCCUUCCAACCUCUAACUAUGCUAAGGUAAAUGAUGGAGUGCCUCCCCCUGUGCCGGAAAGAUCUCGCCCCUCAGCUCCGCCCCAGAUGGCCAAGCCGCCGCCAGCUCUUCCCCCUCCCCCAUCCACAGCCCCACCUCCUCCCCCUAGAACCAGGAUUGGCCCACCGCCUACCCCUCCUAGAUCUAAAGCUCAACAGUCUUCUAUACUGAAUAAUGCUCAACCUCGGAAUAUAUCUAGUUCAUUAACUGACUUAGAACGAAGACAAUCCCAAAAACCGCCUGUAGAAAAUGAAAAGCAACCCCCUCCUCGGCCCCAGGCACCGAGCUACAAGAAGUACGACCCUCCAGAAUCUCCGAGAAAGAAAACCUUCAAGCCACCUCCGCUGCAGACUCAACCCGACGAAGACAAACAGCUUUCUCACAUACUGAUGCAAAACGAGGGACUCAACGGUAGUGCCGGUAAAAUCUCUAUGAGACAAGAUUCUAAUGUUUCCAGCGACAGUUUCAGCCAAAACUCAUCCCCUAGCUACACGACUAAGAGUAUGGAAACACCAUUGUUGGCGCAGUGCGGCAAGAAGAGCCGACGCAUUACCAAUGAACGUCGCGGCGCAGAAAUGAGAGGAGGAGACAGUGACGAGGCAGUGAGCGGACUAGAAUCUGCGACGCUUGAUGAUGCUAACAACGCUCUGACCAAGAGUCACUCGACACCUGCGAGUCUCCAAGCCAUUGUCCGCUUCCAUCACGGCUCUAACAUGUCCAUCCACCACAGGAUUAUAAAUGACAUUCGGAGACCGUCAACACACUACAUCACUAGGGGAAGGCUGAGGUUUCAGUUUGCUCAGGUUAUUCUCAAUGCAGUUGCACUACUAGCCAUUGCCGGGGGACUGGCUGCCUACUUUCAAGCUUACCCCUCAGCAGUGCGAUACAUCAAUAGGACCAUCACGGAACCCUCCAUUGCAGUCAAACCUCCAGAGGAUGUUAAUCCUGCUCCUGGGAUUUGUUUACCAGUGAUAGUCACAUUUUGCCUGCAACACAAAAUUCCCUACAACUACACAAUGUUUCCCAACUACAUUGGUCACUUCACGCAGCGUGAUGCUCAGCAGGAACUGGAAGUUUACGAUGCGGUGGAGGACGUCAGAUGUUACGAGUUGGCUGCAUUGUUUUUGUGUUCAGUUUUUGUGCCAAAGUGUGGACCUACAGGACAACUGGUUCGCCCUUGUAAAAAUUUGUGUGCUGAGACCAAGAGAAGGUGUGGGUUCUUUCUUGACGUGUUUGGUCUGUCUUUGCCGGACUACCUCGAUUGUGACUUGUUCCCUGACUCAGAAGAUGCGGAUGUCUGCGUGGGAAAUAAGGAGGUCGUUGAAGCUGAAAAGCGUGCUCAGAAACCAGUGUGCCUGUCUGGGUUCCAAUGCGAUGUGAAGCGUUGUAUCCCCGCAGACUGGAAGUGUGACGGACACGUGGACUGUGAGGAUCAGUCGGAUGAACUCAACUGCCAUCAAUGUGCCAAGGGGAUGAUUCACUGCGGAUCACGGAGAUGCAUGGACCAGUCGCACAUGUGUGACGGAAUCAAAGACUGCCCCUGGGGCCAAGACGAGAGGAAUUGCAUAAGACUGAGCGAGAGGAUGGGGGACGAGGGCAAAGGCAAGUUGGAAGUGUUUCAGCCCCAUCUGCAGAGUUGGAAGCCUGCGUGUACCUCGACGUGGGACCCUGCGACUCCUCGGGCCAUCUGUUCCAUGUUGGGAUACAGGAAUGUAACGUCCAGCAACCUUACAAUCAAAGGAUCCAUCGGCUCCAAACAUACUAUAAAAUAUUCAAGCCACACGCUAAAGAGGUAUUCAGUGCCAAAAAGAAAUCUCAAUCUUCUCAAAGAACUUCGUGAUUGCAACACUGAAAACUUUGCCCCGAUAGAACUAGGCUGUUCUAGUUUUACGUGUGGUUUGAGACACCAGCUGUUUCAAGAGAAGAAGCAGCUGCGUAUCGUAGGAGGCACAGAGGCUAACCCUGGUGAUUGGCCGUUCCUUGCAGCGCUACUCGGCGGGCCCGAGCAGAUCUUCUAUUGCGCUGGUGUCCUCAUCUCGGACCAGUGGGUACUCACAGCUUCACACUGCGUUGGCAAUUUCACCCAAGGAGACUUAUCAGGCUGGACCAUCCAGCUCGGUAUCACCAGGAGACACGCUCACUCUUACUUCGGCCAGAAAAUGAAGGUCAAGAGAGUCGUACCUCAUCCCAUGUACAAUCAAGGCAUUGCUCAUGACAAUGACGUGGCAUUGUUUCAGUUGGCAACGAGGGUGACAUUUCACGAGCAUUUGCUGCCCGUUUGCCUUCCAGAGGCCAACUUUAAGCUGAAGGAAGGUCGGAUGUGCACUGUCAUUGGCUGGGGAAAGAGAGAAGAUAGCGAUGUAUCAGAGUAUGAAGCAGCAGUCAAUGAGGUACAAGUCCCCAUCCUGAACCGUGAUCUCUGCAACAGCUGGCUGGAGCAUCGAGACCUCAACGUCACCCAAGGGAUGAUCUGUGCUGGAUACGCAGAGGGAGGGAAAGAUGCUUGUCAGGGAGACAGUGGCGGGCCACUGUUGUGCAUGACGGACGAUCGCUCUCCGCGCUGGUUUGUUGGAGGGAUCGUCAGCUGGGGCAUUAAAUGUGCUCAUCCACACCUGCCUGGCGUCUACGCCUACGUGCCUCGCUACGUCCCGUGGAUCAAACAGCAGAUGGCGCUCUACUCUGAUAAAUAAUGUUUAGGCUUUGACUGUGUUGUAGUCUAAGAGAAGUGAGGGAAUCAGAGAGUGCUCUAUGCAUGAUCUAACGGUUCGGUCAAGUAGUAGUCGAGUGACUUUGAGUUACUAGCAAAGACAUAUUUGAUUAACUGUUUUAAGGACCUCUGGUUUCCUCACUUGUAUAGGCAGUAGCUCUAAAUUAAAUUCCCAGAUAACAUAGUAAACUUACUAGUGGUAACUAGUAAAAACUGGUAUACAGGGAGUUCAACAGGAAUGUUUGACUAGAAAAAUUGAUAUGUAUCAAAUAUAGCCCCUGGCAUGUGUUAUAUGACUGAUAUAGGCUAUUUACCUUGUUAGCAUGAUUAUUCACUACAUAUUGUUUAGCCACUUGUAUAAAGUGACACAUAUAUGUAGUGCUGAAUAAACAAGCUAAGAAACUUUUGAGACAAGGUUAAUAGCCUAUAUUAGUGAUAGGAGUAAUUUCAGCUAAACUAAUGUAAAUGGCCCGAAGAUCACAUGGAAUAAUUUAAUUUAAGGAUUGAGAAAAUUAUUCAAAAUUUUGCUUGUCAGAUCCAAACAGGAACUAUCUUGGAACAGUGAACAGUAUUUCUAUAAGUUUAAAACCAAGCAAUCAUUUUUAAAUUUAAAAUUAUAUCAGUACCUAUUUAUUUACUAAUUUCUAUUUGUCACUGUUCUACAGUAAGGAAAUAUUAGGGAUUGUGAUUUGAAAUUUAGCUUUACUAAUGGCACUUGUGAUUGUAACAAGCAAAAACAGCAGCUAGUGAAAAAGUAGCACACUACAUUGAAUGCGUACUUGGAAAACAUACAAAGUAACUGUGCAUCAGCAUUGUAGUCAGGGAUUCACUGUUUCCCAAGUCAAAUCCACAACAAAAUAGUGACAUUUAAUUCCCCAUGCCAAACUAUAGAACUUGAAUUUUGACUUAAGUCUUACUUAGUGCUUCAUAGAACCACCACUCACUUAAAUAAACAAUAGAUUAAAUAAUUUUAGAUAACAAAAAUACCUAAAAUGGUUUUUAAAAUUUCAUUAAAGUCAUAUACUUAAAAGGUUUAGCUCCAAAGAGGAAAUAUCAUUACUAAAAUGAACAGUUUUGGGUUUUAAUCGGAAUAUAAGCAUCAUAAAUACAUAUCUGUUGUUAGUUUGAAAAAACAUAUCUUUCCCAAAGUGAAAAUUGUAUAUCAGUAAAAUCUAACCAGUGUGAGGUUUUUGAGUGUUUUCAAGUAUUUUAUAAUAGUAAAACUGAAUUAUUAGUAGUAAAUAACCCACAUCCCCUUAAGGGACUGAGACAUAUCCAAAUAGUUCAACUUUGAUUAGUUUCUCAACACUAUUAAUUAAGAUGAUUACUUCCUAAUUUUUGUACAAAUUCUCUAGAUACAAAAACUCAAACUUGCAGAUAAAGUAAAAUUCAUAUCUAAUUUUGAAAUAUUUUUUUACUUAACACUUCACUGAAGUCAGCCUUAGAGUAGCUUCUGAAACACUCAUAUCAAUUAACCAAGUCAAAUGUUUUACAUCAGUUUACUAAUCACUUAUGACUUGGAUUUAAUCAGGGUUGGACACACUGUUUUUGUUCUAACAGAUUCUGUUUGUUAGGUUAAAGAAUCUCAAGUACAGUAGUUGUUUUUUUUUGUUUCAUGAUAUUUUUUAAUCUCAUAACCAGGUUUAGUAAGUCUGUGAUUGUGAGCCAAGGAGGGUUCAAUAGUUAACUAAGGUUGAGAUUGUAGGGAUGGUUUACAUUUCAGGAUCAAUAAUACUAUCAUUAUUGGUUAAAGUAGUCAAUUAUCCAAAUAUCAAUCUGUACCAAGAAUUUAAUUUUUGUAAUUUGCUUAAGAAACAAAGCAUUAAAUAGCUAUAUGAUAGUUGUUAUCAUAUAGUAAUUAUAUAUUAAAUUCAGGGUUGUUACUUGUAAUGUAAAUAUGGAAUAUAUAUCUGGAGAAAAAAUGAAAAGAAGAUAAUUAAUUAUUGAAUAAAACAAUCUAUACAAUCAUGAAUCUGUAAAUAAUCAAUAGUAAGUAUGAGUCUGCUCCUCAAAGUCUUUCGUGUUUGUAUGUAGACGCUAUAUAUUUACUCAAAAUUUACGUUUCUCCGAUCGACAUCGGAAGAUAUAUUCUUCUACCUGACAGCAUAUCACCUACUUAGACAAUGAUGAGAAUCGAUUCAUUCGUUGAUGAGUCGAAUUUUGUAAUCGUAUUUGUAUAUUCUAAACGCCUUUGAAAAUUAUUUUGAAUAUUAUCUGAUCUCUUUAUUUAUUACAAAGAAAAUUACUACAAAAGCUCAAAUAAUUUAGUGAACUUAGAUGGUAUAAACGGUUGUGUAUACAUCAAUAAAUCAAUAUAAAUUGUGAUAUAUAUUUACACUAGUAUUUAUACAUUACUGCAUAUACACGAUUUAUAUUGAAUAAAUCUAUUAGCUAAGCUUGUAAACGUAUUAGCUUAGAUUAGGUUAAGUGUAAUGUAAGACAAUAAUAUGUGCUAUAGAAGCUUUGCGGGCGACUGCCCUGACAAUAAUGAGGUGUGUAGUGUGUAUGGUCCUACCAUUCAAUAUCAGCUGCAACCACUACAGCAGAAAAAAGUUAGUUCUGAUUCAAAAUGUAUAAUCAGCAUCAGCAUAGACUCAGGUUAACAGAGGUGUGGAUGGAAAAGUGUCUUAGAAAAAUAUCUCAGUUGAAGAUCACAAAUUUGGGUUCUGGGUUACUUUUUUGUUAUUCAUAGUUAAGUUAUCGUAUCCAAAAUAAGUUCCCACAUCAACAAAUAAUAGAAUUUAUUUUCAACACUAAAAAUGUUUAUUUGUUUUGUUUUUUUUUGUUAUUAUCAUACCAGUAAUUUAGUUUUAACUUGUACAAAUAUUUUAAUGUAAUUUUUUCUUCUUUCUAAUUAAUUUCAAACUAAUUUGUUCUGAAUUUGAAACCACCUUGGCACCAUCAGUCAAACAAGGAUAUCUGGUCUAUCAACUGCUCUAUAACAUUCCAAAGAAAAGUGUGAUUUUGUAGAAUAGCUAAUUGUCACUUGGUAUAGUGGCCUGCCAAGUGUGGUAAUUACAGCUGAAUGGUGGCACCAAACACAUGUUAUUCCCCCCCCCUCCCUUAGUACCUCCUCAUUAGUUAAUGUUGUGUGGUUGGCACUAUGUUGUUAUUGUAACAAAUGCUGAUUAAUUUUAAAUCCCCCGCAUUUCUUUUCUUGUUCCGAGAAAUUCUAGGGUAAAUAUCUCUCGGUAAUCAUCUAGCUCGACUAACAUCUUCCAAGUAGACAAUACAUUUAAGUACAAGACACUGAAUAAGCAUUUUAAAGAGGUUAGGCUAAGUUUAGUAAAAUAAGUAUUAUUAUAUUUUAGAGUAUUUUAAAUGUAUAUAAUACAGAUUCUUGUUUGAGAUAUUUAAUUCAAAGAUUGUAUUUUCAUACAUUUUUAAAUAGACCUAUUGUAUACUGGUUUACAAAAAGAGAUAGUAUUGUUGUGGCAAUGUCGCUUGUUGUAUAUCAUUCAUCGUGAUCUAUAAACUUACGGAAAAGUAUUUUUGUAAUUUUCCUUGAAUAGGAGAGGAUUGUCCUUUUAGAAAAUAGGCAAGUUGUUGAAGUUGAAUACAUUCUUGAACUAUUCUCGAUAUAAGAAUGUCUUGUGGCUAUUUUCUAAAACAAAACUAAUAUUGAUACAUCUUUGAAACUUGUGAUCUACCAUUUCACUAAUCUCCAUAACUGAUCAAAUGUCACUGUUUGCUUCUUAAAAAAAUAAUACUUUCUACAUCCAACAUGUAAGAAAUUCCUUUUGUUAUGUUAAGUAAUAUUUUGUUAUAAAUUUAUCAAAAGUAUGUAGGGAAGGAUGAUUUUAAAGUUUGUGGAAGAAAAAAAAUCUUCAAUGUGUAUAGCGUAUAGCUCACUUGUUACUGAAUUUUUAUGUGAUUGGCCUUAUGGAAAAACACUAAAAUAGACAAAUUGUCUAACCUUUGAUUUUUCACAAUAAUCUUAUCAGUUUGUAGGACUUUGAGAUCGUUGUAAUAAAAGUUAAAUUACUUUGUGUGACGACAAGGUACUACAUAACUUUCUGAAAAUUGUUUCUUUAUGUAGUUUAUCAUUCAUUGAUCUUCAGUUCAUUAGAAAAGAGAGUUGUACUAACCAUAACCAGUUAAUAAUGUUAAUGUUGUGACAUUAGACAUUACUAUCACGGAAAGUAUUUUAACUAUUUCAAAGUACCUUAAAAAAAUGACAUUUUCACAAAUCUAGAUCAAAAUAGAUCAAUUCUAAUCUUUACAAAUGGUGAGCUAUAUAUGCUUCAUUUAGAAACUAUUGAGUUAAAUAAUUUUCAAUGUAAAAUAUUAGUCAGCAAUUAAAUUAGUAAGCUAAAUUUAAGUACUCAUACCUGAUUUAGAGCUUGUUUUAGGAAUUACAAUAGAUAACCUCUUAACCGGUCACUUAGGAACCGAGACCGUGACUGGAAAACGAUUUGGUUAGUUGAAUCAAAGUUCCGGUAAACUCUUAAAAAAUUAUAACUUGCAGUAGGCUGUGUGUUUAUGUUUAUACUUUGUUGAGUGAAAGCAAUGUUUGAUCUGUUAAGUACUUCUUGAUUAGCAUUUUAAAUUAUGGUGCUGUUGUACGUAUAUAAUAAAAUAAGUCUUUUAACACUUUUUGAUAUAUCUAAAUUUGUAGUGAACUGUUAAAAUUUGAUUGUAUGGAUUUACCAUAGUAUAAAUAUUGACGGCAUAAGUGUAGAUGUGUCAAAAAGUGGCAGAAGCCAAUUUCAAUUAUAUGUGCUAAGCAAAACCUGACGAGUUAAGAGUAAUAGUCUAUUAAAUUGAGCUUUCCUCAAAGAGUAUGCGUAUCUAAACAUCAACUGGUUAAGAGGGUAUCUACUGUGAUCAACUUUCUGCUUUCCAAUUUGACAGCAAUCUCGGCUUACCUUUCUGUUUGACAAUAAAUGUUAUUGUAAGUGUCAGUAAGUCUUACAGUAAAACUGUCAAGCUUAGAAAUAAAUGUAAAAAUGGUAGAAUUAACGCACAAUUAACUAAACAUAAGUUAAUUAUGGAUAUCCUCAGAGAGUAAAAAAUCUAGAUCACUGUGUCGUUUAGAAUAGCUUAGAUGCUUCUAUACUUAGCAGCUGUCUAGAAGUGUGAAGUGUGUGUAAUGUGACUAGACGUCACACUACACACUCUCCCAUCGUCCGCGCUACCACGGUGUACUGCGUUGUUACUGAGCUUGGAAUCUAAGGUAAUUAAAUGCCUUACAUGU